GAAAAUAUUGAUUUUACUUUCAUCCCUACCACAAUAUAGACAGCUGAAGGUUUUGAAAAAGCAAACACAUUUUUCUAUUGAAAUAGAAGAGUUCAUAGUUAAAAUGGCCGAAGUUUCUGAACCACUGACGUUGGCCAGAGAUGUAAAAAGAUCCAUUGAGUUGUUAGAAAAGCUUCAGGCCAGUGGAGAUUUUCCGACUACAAAGUUAGCUGCACUGCAAAAGGUCCUCAACUCUGAUUUCUUAAAUUCUGUUCGUGAAGUCUAUGAACACGUUUACGAAACAGUUGAUAUCCAAGGCUCUCAUGAUGUUCGUGCAUCCGCGACAGCGAAAGCAACCGUAGCCGCUUUUGCUGCUAGUGAAGGACAUGCUCAUCCACGAGUCGUCGAAUUGCCAAAAACUGAAGAAGGUCUAGGAUUCAAUGUUAUGGGAGGUAAGGAGCAAAAUUCUCCCAUAUAUAUAUCACGAAUUAUACCUGGUGGAGUAGCAGAUAGACAUGGAGGAUUAAAAAGGGGAGAUCAGUUACUUUCAGUAAAUGGCGUGUCCGUUGAAGGUGAAAAUCAUGAGAGAGCUGUUGAAUUGCUUAAACAAGCAAGUGGAUCCGUAAAGCUUGUAGUACGUUAUACUCCGAAAGUUCUUGAAGAAAUGGAAAUGCGGUUUGAUAAACAACGUAAUACUCGCCGCCGUCAAUAAAGUUAGAGCUUGAGUAUGGUACUAAUAAAAUAUCAUAACUUAUUUUGAAAAUCAGGCACCAAAAGUACCACAACUAAAUUGUUGCAUAUAAGUAAGGAGAAGGUAUUUAUAAAUAUAUUUUCGAGUAUGUUGAACGACUGCAUGUCUACACUAAAACUAAAGUGUAUCGCAUUAAAUAACAUACAAUUCAAACCUUCUGGUCAAUUCAAACCAUCACGUCACAGGUGUUUUGCAAAAUGGAAGGUACGCGUAAUAAGAUGAAUUGCACACUUAUAAGAAUAUGUAGUAGUAAUAAAAAGUGCAGUCAAGUAGACCUUUCAUAUUCAUGAAAUAUAUACUAUAACAUAAGAUAUAUGCAGUUUAUCGGGCUUAGCUUUUAAAUUACUUGUUCUUUAACUGUAACUUCAAUAAAUCGAAUAUAUUAAGCCUACCAGAAAUAUCCUGCCUGUAUCUGUAUAGCAGAAGCAAACACAAUGUAAUUUUUAUAUUAUUUUGUUUGGUGAAAAUUUUAUUUUUAAGCACGCCCUUGACCUUGCGUAUUGUUAUAUUUAAAUGUUAAUUUUUUCCAAAAAUAAUGUAAUUUUUAAAUGUUCACUGAGCUGUAAGUUUGUAAGAACUUUGAUUAGAGGUAAGUCUGGGAAAAGAAGAGAAUCAGAGGUAGCACUAUCCAUGGGGAAAACACACUCGACACUAAAGACCAUAUUGUUGUUACCCAUCCUUCUCAAAAAAUUCAGUUUCAACUAUUGUUUCUUUCCUAAAACUUAAUUCAAUAAAAGAAAAUCCAAUGCCAACUUAAUACAUUCUGAAUUGGGAUAGUCAGCACUUUAAAUCAAAAACGCCACAGAGGCCGAUUUACCUAAUCUAUCGUGAAGGAAGAAAUUACAUAUUAAGCUAUUUUUUCAAAUAACCCAAAAAAAUAAUAAAUUUAAAAUUGAUUUUGUAUUUUUAAUUUUUUUUGUUAUAUUCAAAUAAACAAGUAUGAAAGCUACA